AUGGCAUCCAAAACCACAAUAGCAAAAUACACCAGUAGUAAGGAUGCUAGUGAUAAAUCUCAGCAAAAUAAUGAAGAGGAAGAAAAGUUAAGAUCAUUCUUGAAUGAAUUUAAUAUUAAUGAAAAUGACAACAUUCAUAUCAAAUUCAACAAAUCAUCCAUAAGCAUACAUUCAAGCAAUGUUAUGAAGGAAAUGUGGCUACAAUGUCUGAAACUAGCAUAUCCAGAAGAAAAGCAUUCCUAUGAGGAUAAGAAGCAAGAGAAGACCACCCAACUACGUUUAACUGACAAACAUGGUAACACAGUCACCAUCAAAGUGUACCAUAAUGGAACACUCCUUAUUCAAGGAAAUUCAUAUCACACAUGGAUGCUGAAUGAGGGAGCACUAUUUUUGAUGCAUAUACAAGACAGAUUGCAGAUAAAGGUGACAACUAACCUAGAUCAAAAUAAAGAGAGACGGUAUCCACAGAGAAAUAUCCAGAAACCUCUAAAGUAUAGACUUGAUAGUGAUUCAUCAGAGGAUGAAGAAAUCGAAAACAAAGAAACCAAGGAAAGAGAAGCAGUUCCCCAAUGUGAGGAAGAUAAAGAAAUUAGUAAUACAGAUACCACUGUUUCAAAAAAGGAUCACUCAACUAUGAUAGGCUGUACUCCAAGAAAUGAAAAAAACAAAACAAUACCAAAGGAUGAUUAUACACCAUCGAAAAUUCCAUUACGAAUUUCAAAAACACCAAAGUUGAAUAGCGCAACAUUAGAUAACACAGAAUUGGCUGCCACAUUGAUGCAAAUGUUCAAGUCAAUUGAACAUAUAGACAAGAAUUAUUGCAACAUAAUGAGAACAGGAAAUAUGAGUCAAGAACUAGCAGACCAACUAAAAGCAGUACAAGACAGCCUUACACGCCAAAAUAAAGAAAUUCAAAAAAUUUGUAAACUUAUGGCAACAAAGGUGGAAGUUGUUAAAUCAGCUAAACAACAAACAGCUAUGUACACCAAUAAGGAAGACAUGGAUAAGUUGACAAAUAAAUUAGACAAAAUGGAAAGAUAUAUCAUAUCCAUAGACAAAACAGUGCAACUUAACAAAACAUCAUUGGUUUCAGUUGCAGUAGCUCAAGAAGUUGUAUUGUCAAAGAUUCAGAAAUACAAGGAUAUGUGUGACAACAUAUCACAGAAUACUAAUCUGAUGAAAGAUGAACUCGUUAAGAAAGAACAAGAAAUAGAGCGAAUUCAACUGGAAAAUGAAGAACUACAAAAUAGAAUUGGCGAAAUAGAGAAAUCAAAACUGCUAGACUUCCACUCCCCAAACCUAUUCAACAACCUACCAUUGGUAAACAACAAUAACAAGACGUUAUCUCAAACAGCGCUAGAAAUUCAGGAUAAAUAUAAAUUGGUUGAUUAUAGAAAGAAGAACAGAGAAAUACAAACUCUUAUUGUGGGUGACUCAAUGCUGAAAAAUAUUGAUAUAAAACGUAUAUACAAGAAUACACAAAUUAAAACACUACCAGGUCGCAAGAUAAAAGACAUAGAUGAAUAUAUUCAAAGGACAACUAAUGAGAAUAUCCAGAACAUUGUGAUCCAUGUAGGAACCAAUAACAUUUCCGAUGGAUGUACAAUAGAAUCGUGUAUGGAGGAAUAUAGAAAACUGAUUAACAACAUGAAGCAAAAAUAUCCAACAGCCAAAAUAUGCGUAUCAUCAAUAAUACACAGAAGAUAUGAUGUUAACAUAAAUGAGAAUAUAGAUGUUCUUAAUAAGAAGUUAAAAGUAAUGAGUAACAAUGGUGAUAACUAUAUCUACAUAGACAAUGAUAACAUCAGUUACAUAACCCACCUAUAUGAUACUAUGCACCUGAAUAAACGUGGGACAGCUGUCUUUGUGAAAAAUAUGAAAGAUGUGAUUGGACCACUAAUCGGUGUCACAAGACAAAUAAACAAGCCAGGAUACAGUAGCCAAUGGAAAGAAAAGAAGAAUAACAGAAGGUAUACUCCUUGUUAUGAGACGGAUGGUCACAGACCACAAACAACUUACUAA